AUGAGCUGGAUCGGCAGCUUACAAGCUCUUCCAGAGCAAUCUCAGAAAUACAUUCCAGAAGAAUACCAAAAAUAUGCUCCGCACCUCUGGCUUCUCGGUGCUGGGGUAAUCGGGAUCUAUCUCCUUCGAGGGUUAUUCUCCUACUUCAAGAUUUUGAGAGAAGUUCGAGGUCUUCCUGUCAAGCACGGUUUCUUCCCUGCGUACGAACAAGGUCUUCGAGCUCGAGUCCCGCACAUCCCUUAUAUCUUGCCUAUCAAGGAUUUCUAUUCUCGACCAGAAUGGGAUAGAUUCGAAAAGCCUCGAUCUGAUCUUCUCGCUUAUACCGUCGCCACGCAACACCGAGCCAUCUAUUGGGUCGCCAAUCCUUACACUGCUCAACAUGUAUUCACCAAGACCUCUCUGUUUGAGAAACCUACUUUCCAUCCUCGUUAUGUAGCAGCCGCCAAAUUCGGUGGAAACAUCAUUAGUGCCAGUGAUGGCGAUGAUCACAGGAGACACAAGUCGGUAGUAAGAGGUUGUUUCGGUGAAGAGAUCUUUAGGAACGCCUGGGAGGAAAUGGAUAAAACGGUUGAAUUGUUUCUGGAUGAAGAUAAACUUCGUGAAGGUGGUGUGAUGGAAGAUGUGGGCGCGACCACCAUCAAGAUGACAUACAUUGUUAUUGGUAAAGUCGGCUUCGGUCAUGACAUCCCUUGGGACUCGCAACGAAGUAAGAAAGGCGAGAAAAUUGGUUUCGUCGAAUCUUACGAAAUUGUCGAUCGAACUAUGUUAUACCAGUUUACCUUACCUCUUUGGAUCAUAAAAAUACUUCCUACCAAAGAGUUACGUCGAAUGGGUGAUGGUCGAACUGCCUUCCUUGGGUACUGCUACGAAAUGGCCCGAAGCAAACGAGCCGAACUCAAUGCUUUGCGAGAAGCCGGAGAGAAAUCGAAAGCUCCCGUUGACCUGCUUGGUGCUAUGGUCCAUGCUCAACUCGUUGCUGAAGAGGAAGCUCGUCUAAAGCAUGGUCAUGAAUUCACUCCUAACGUUGGUUUAACAGAGAAUGAAGUUAUUGGUAACAUGUGUGAAGCUGGACACGAGACAACCGGACACACUUUCGCUUUCACACUCGCUCAACUCGCUCUUCAUCCCGAAUGGCAAGAGGAAGUCUACAAGGAAAUCAAGGAAGUUUGUGGUGACGAGAAGCCUUCUUACCGAGACGUCCACAAACUACCUUUGUGUCUCGCCGUAGGACUCGAAGCUAUGAGACUUACCGAUAUCGUCCGACAAUUAUUCAAAGUUGCCAAGGAGGACAGUAUGCUCCCUUACACCACCUGGAACGAAGCUGGCGAAGUCACCAAACGAGAACACCUCGUCAAGAAAGGUUCAUUGAUUUACAUCGAUACUCCCGCGUCUCAACUUAACCCAUUCUACUGGAAAGACGCCAACGAAUUCAAUCCUCGACGACAUCUCGGGGCUGACGAUGCUCGUGCGAGUCUGAACAAUGCUGAAGUCCCAUUUGUCGCUUUCUCUAUGGGUCCCAGACAAUGUAUCGGUCGAAGAUUCGCUGAAGUCGAAAUUAUCUGUGUCAUCGCUUCUAUCCUUAGCAGAUAUAUCAUUCACCCUGUUCCUACUCAUGCGGGUGAGACCAAGGACAGUAUGGAAGAGAGAAUGAUCGGUUCAGCUGUCGAGGACGUCACCAUGACUCCUGGUAAAUUCCGAGUCAGAUUGGAGAAGAGACAUUAA